UGUGCCACAGGGGAGCUGACUGUACACUAACCCCCUGUGACUGCUUUGGAGCGGGGCGGACCAGUGGAGCAGACGCACCCGCUGCUGUGUCGGCUCCCAACGACGCGAGCCGCCUCUUAGAGCCAAUCCAUUCCCGACCGACAUGUUAGCAGCUCCCUCAUUCAUUUUAAUUUAAGCCGCACAUGCACUCCGGACUUUGGUUUCUAUCUUCCAACAGUCCAGUGGUCUUUCUUUGCUUCUUAACCUGUUACCUUUGCAACAUGAUGCCAGCACCAGUACCACCAAAAAAAAGAUGGAUUCUUUCAGUUUUUCGGCACGGCGGCUCAAAAAAAAAAGGAUAUCAUUUUCCCUCCUUUUUCUCAGGCUUCACUUGGCUACAUUUUGAAGUGCAUAAAGAUAUUUAGGGUCAAUGAUGGAGCCCUGGUCAACAGUGGCACAGAUCCUACUGAUGAGCAACCUUGCAGAUUGGCUGCAAAUGGUGCAGACGCGGGAUUUCACCAGAAAGGACAUCAUCCACCUACACCCUUCAACAACGCCUCAUCCUGGAGGAUUCAAGUGCUUCACAUGUCAAGAUGCUACAGAUAACUACGAGUGCAACCGCUGGGCACCAGAUGUAUACUGUCCAAAAGAUACCAGAUACUGUUACACCAUCCACAUGAUGGAUCGCCAUGGAGACAGCAUCUCCGUGACCAAGCGGUGUGUAACUUUGGAAGAGUGUCUGUUCACAGGCUGUGCUGACGUCAUUGAAGAUGGCUCUCUGGUGUGCUCCUCUUGCUGUGAAGGAAAUAUUUGCAACUUGUUGGUUCCCAGAAAUGAGAGUGCUGCAGUUUUCUCUUCAAGUUCCCCUCUAGUGAGCUCGGCCAGAGGACGUCAUGCAGGGACACUGAGUGACAUUAUCAUCAUCAGCAUCCUCUCGUUAGGAUGUAUAUGAGACACAAAUGCUGUUUGUGUAAGAGGACAUUUGUUGAAGGUCUAUUGGACAUAUACUACGGUGAAACAAUAUUGUCUUUUGUAGGUUUUCAUAAAUGUAUUUGUGUAUGGUUUACAUUCAUUAUGUAAUGUCAGUGGACAUUAAAAUGACUGCAAGGUCAGUUCACUGUUGUGUACUAGGCUUUUUUUUAUUUUAAAUGUUGUGCAACAGUUUUAAAAAUAAUAAAUACGACACAUAUGUGAGAUGAAUUAAUGAUGUGGCAAAUUAAAAUCAAAUUUACAAUUUUGGAGAGCACAAUUUGAGAAAUGGUAAUGCGUAAUACAUCACAUGGUACAAUUCACAGUCCCACAUGUCCAAAAAGGAGGACGUAGAAGCAAAGCUUUAGUUCUAAUCUCCGUUUCACAUCAACUGCAAUACAUUUGUUCACUUCCUGUAUUCCAAAUUUCUCUUUGACAAUUUUAAAAUACAAAAAUAAAAUAAUCUGUAUGCAAAAAAAUGCAAUGUAUGACCAUUUCACACAGGAGAAAAUGCAAUUCUUUUAGACAGACUUAAUAGAUUUAAUAGCUUUUCCAGAUACAGUAGAUUCUCUAUGGUCGGAACAGCUCAUUCUGUGACACUGCAUGCGUGGUCAACCUCCAGUUUGUUACAAUUCAUUUAUAAUUCAGAAUAAUCUCAUAAGAAAUCAUGGAACGCUUUGUGAGUUAGCCAGCGUGACAGGGUGUUUAUGUUCCUUUCUUACGCCUUUGUUCCUGUUGUCAUGCUCUUAUUUUGUAUUCACUUCCUGCCUUGCCCGGUUGUGUUUUCCUGCUUUGCGUUAAUCACUCGCACUUGCUUCUAGUUUCAGUCACUCA